UGUUUAUAGUCUCGUGUGUUGGUGAGUUUUGUGGCUUUCGAAUCAUUGCACUACAAACGAAUAUUUAUCCAGCAACCGAUCAUACAUUUUCUAGUUGCACACCAAUGCUGUUGUAUAAAAUCAUUAUUAUUCGACAAGGUGAACUUUAAUAAAAUAAUCAUCAGUAUGGUUCUUUGGAAUAAAAUAGUUUUAUUUCUGAUAUCGUUAUGUAUGGUUGCGUUGUGCGAUUCGACAUUCCAAAAACCAUUGGACCCCUUCACAUUACUCAGAUACGACAAACGGACGCCUGAAGACCAGCCGCCGAACAACGAUAAGAAUGUAUCGGUCGAAUUCGACGAAUACCCGGUGAUUGUGCCAAAAAGGACUGCACUAUUACUGGAUAGACUAAUGGUGGCAUUACAAAAAGCUGUAGAUGGAAAUAAUUCUGGAAAUAUGAAAGGAUACUAUCCAGAAAGAUCAAUUCCAAUUAGCGGAGCUCCUAGACCAAGCCCAGGAAUGGAACUACAGAGACGAAACCAACAAAAAGGACGACUAUACUGGAGAUGUUAUUUCAACGCUGUGUCCUGUUUUAAAUAGAAGAAAUAAAAUCUGUUAACUACCUACCUAUAUAUAUAUUUUUUUUUUAUCAUAAUGUCAGUUCAGAAUAUUAUAUCGCCCUCAUCUUCAUACGCUUGUUUUUUCAUCAAUUAAAAUAGGUACUGACGUACUGAGUAUAUUGAGUAUAUUUAGUUAGGUACUAAAAUUAAAUAUACUCAUUUAUCAUAAUAAAUUAAUAAUGAUAAAAUCAAUAAAACGGUUGUGUUAUUUAAAAAUGCAAUUAAAAUGCAUUCAAAG